UUUCUUUUUACAGCCUUUCUCUUCAGUUCCACAACGUAAAGUCUGUAAAUAAAGAUGAAUUCUCUGGCGCAGGAGAUCCAGGGUUUCUCCGCGGCGCGUUUGAGGAAGCAAAGCACGAGAGUGACGACCGUGACGGGCGAGAAACUGGUAGAGACACGCAGCGGCGAUCAUUUCCACGUCACGCACGAUACGGAACGCGAGAGUGACGACUCAUGCGGGUUCGUGCAGGACUUAAGCCUCGACCUGCAAGUGGGCAUCAUUAGACCCUUCCUCCUGCUCUCUUCACAGGAUGCUGCCCAUGAUAUAGACACAUUGAAGAAAUUAAAGGUGACUCAUGUGCUGAAUGUGGCGUAUGGGGUUGAGAACGCAUUCCCUGAUCUUUUCACGUAUAAGACAGUUACCAUGUUAGAUCUUCCAGAGACAGACAUCACCUCAUAUUUCCCUGAAUGUUUCCAGUUCAUAAAUGAAGCCAGUCAGCAGGAUGGAGUGGUGCUGGUCCACUGUAACGCUGGCGUUUCUCGCUCUGCUUCUGUUGUCAUCGGGUUCCUCAUGUGCCAGGAGAAGAUGUCAUUCGAUGAAGCCUUCAGCGCUGUGAAAGCCGCCAGGCCUUACAUUCAACCAAACCCAGGCUUUAUGAAUCAGCUGAAGAAAUAUAAUCCAUGAUGCCACACAAAGACUGAUUUUGUAAACCGGAAUGUUCUGUUUUUAGCAUUUAAAUGUUGCUCGAGUACUGCAUAUGUAAGAUUUCACACAGCACCUGAUGAGUUAAUGAGCUGAAAUGAAACAGGUGUGUUAGAUAUGUUAAACAUCUUACGUCUGUGGUGUUUGGGGACCCCAGGACCAGGAUUGAGGAGCUGUUUUAGUGCCAACAUCUUUUUUUUUUCAUAUGUAAAUUUUAUUACAUAUUUUUAUGAAUGUUUACGUGUACACUUGUUCCAAAAAUAAAACAUUUUGAACUCUUGCUGAUUUAUUAA